AUGGCGCCAGCAACUAUUACUUUAAUUGUUGAGCCACGCGGCAGGCCGAUCAAGAAACUACCGAAGGAAGUCCAGAUCAGCCCCAAUGCUCCCGCCCAGGAAAUCUACACGACCCUCGCAGCGGCUUCCGGCUUUUCGAUUCAUCGCCUGAGAAUCACGAAAGGAAGCGACCGCAGCGUAGUACCCAACUCCAGAGACACUAAAGUUGACGCUACCGGCCUGAAGGAAAGGAGCGUUGUUCAUGUCAAAGAUCUCGGCCCCCAGAUCGGCUGGCGCACCGUGUUCAUCAUUGAAUACUUCGGCCCUCUCGUCAUCCCCGCUCUCUUCCUCUACCCUCUCCGUCCGUACCUCUAUUACAAUUUUGACAAGCCACUUCUCGAACCAUCCUACCUUCAGAAACUGGUUUGUGCACUAUUGUCCCUCCAUUUCCUGAAGCGCGAAUUCGAGACUAUCUUCAUCCACCGCUUCAGCAAUGCCACAAUGCCAGCACGCAACAUUUUCAAGAACAGCGCACAUUAUUGGAUCUUGGCUGGCUUGAACAUCGCCUAUUGGGUUUUCCGUCCCGACGCAUCUGCAGCAACCAACGAAGUGAAACCCGCCCUCCUCUACACUGGUCUCGGGCUAUUCACUUUCGGUGAGCUGGCCAACUUGAAUGCCCACCUGGUGCUACGUGACCUACGCCGUCCGGGUACCACAGACAGGGGUAUUCCCUCGGGAUUUGGAUUUAACCUCGUCACCUGCCCGAACUACCUCUUCGAAAUCAUUGCCUGGGUUGGUAUCUACUUGGUUAGCGGUCUGAACUGGAGCGUUCUAUUCUUCAUCACUGUCGGUGGCGCGCAGAUGGCCGCAUGGGCUAAGAAGAAGGAACGCCGCUACCGCAAGGAGUUUGGUGACAAGUACAAGCGCAAGAGCUUUGUUAUUCUCCCCGGUGCUUUUUAA